GUUCCUCAGGUUCCUUCCAAGGCUUCCACCGCAGCUCUGUGGCUUAUGUGAUGUUGGUAUCUCUGCUGGCCGUGAGCUACUUCGUGUGCGUACACGCUGAUUUGAAGACGGGAAGUGCCACCACGGUGGCCAAUUUCUUGAGAAGCUCGGAAUUCCUGGAUGCCGCAACCGAUGCCCUUGCAGGGAUUAUGAAGGACACGCCUACCGCUGCAGACCGCGGUCUUUUGCGAGCUACUGUUGAGAAGGAUUUUGACGUUGCUGGCCUUGGCGGUGCCGCAAUUAUGUCAAAGGGGCAAAAGGACGCUUGGUUGACGCUUCUCAAGAAUCUGAAGCACCUGUCGCUGAAGAGUGUUGGAAACCGUCGCUUGGGAAGUGGCUUGACUCGUGUUGGGAGGUUGAGCGAAGGUCUCAAUGCCACAGAGGCGAAUGUCACAUACAAAUUUCACAGUUUUGACAGCAACCAGAAUGAGGGUACAGGGACACUAGGAAGCAAUGGCAUGAAGGACCACAGCGUUUCCGAGGUCACGGUUGUCCCAAACCCGCCAGGAUUCUCCUUCACCAUCGGCCCUCCGGUUGCUGGCAUGUAUCUCAUUGGAGGCACCCUCGAUGUUGUGGGAAGAGAUGAGCACCAGAUCAAGGGCAAGAUCCGGGCAGCCUUUGUCAACCUCCGAACUACACUCACAGGAACAUGGGAGUCUGAGAGCAACGAUAUGGACAGCGUGUUGCGCAUCCACCUGAAGGAGUUGGGUGUGAACGAGGAAUGGGUGUGGAAGCCUGACGGCAAACCGGAGAAGCUUGACAAGACAUCUGGAAGCACAGAUGGCAGCGAUGGCAAGCUAGCCGCUGUUUUACACGAGUCCCUUGCUGAGCAUCUCGACAGGAAGGAAACCCAAGAGAGUCGCUUGAUACGGGUAGCCGGAAUGUCUGAUGACUCACAUGGUGACGUCCACUGUAGGUUCACCGUUCAAGUGGACAGGCCGAUGAUUUCAU